AACAUCUCUUGUGUAUCCUAAAGUUAACACAGAGACAUUUCUUUCAACCAUUGUCCGAUACUUGAACUUCAGGUCUAAAAAAGCAUCCUAAUACUGUGCCAAACACCUUUUUCUUCUCUUCUGUAAAACCUUUCUUGCCACAGAUGCAGAUCAAAAGAAUAUGAGACUUAUUGUGAUUAAAUAUGUACAAACCUAUAAAUAAACCUGGAGAUAAACACUCCUCCGCCUGCAAUCAAUCAAAUCUGUCCAGACCUUCUAAUUCUCUGCUCUGUGGCCCAGUUUAGCUUCAAUCUCUUAAAGCUCCCCUCAUAACCCCCUCCCACAACCCCGGCGCUGCCUGGUGAAUAAUUGACGAGCUCUCCCUCCCCUCUCCUUUCCUCUCUGUGUCUCUUUCCAUCACUCCGUCUCUUUGUGGUGUCGCUCGUCGGGUUCUCCGGGCCGUGACAACCUGCCCUCCCUCGCCUCCGUCAUGUCCAGUUUCCACCUGGCGCCGGCUGUCAGCAGGUGAAGCAGACGGGGAGACACGGGAGCAGCUGCUGAGAGCGUUGGAACCAUGAAGGAGCUGCUGCUCCUCCUCCUGCUGGUGACCGAGGCGUCCUCCAGGUCUCACAGCAGCUCCUGCGGGCUGGGCUGUGACUGUCGAGGAGAUCUGAAGUUCACCAUCUGCUCUCGGGCGCUCUUCACCCAGCUGCCCCCCCGAGUCCCCCCCAACACCGAGCUGCUGGACCUGUCCGACAACCACAUCUCCGUCAUCCCCGAGCGCUCCUUCAGCAAAAACCGCAAGCUGCGAGUCCUGCUCCUGCAGAACAACAACAUCAGCGUGGUGGAGGACGGCGGCUUCUCCCAGCUGGAGUUCCUGCAGAAACUGGACCUGAGCUGGAACCAGAUCCCCGCCCUCACCGACGGGUUCUCCGUCGGCUUGACGUUCCUGCGGGAGCUGCAGCUCGCCCACAACCGCCUGAGCAGCCUGGACAGCCGCAGCUUCCUGCACCUCGACAGCCUCCAGAGGCUGAACCUGAGCAGCAACAGCAUCCACACCAUCCAGGUGAGGGCCUUCUCCUCCAUGAGCGGCCUGCGGCAGCUCCACCUGGAGGACAACCGGCUGACGUCUCUGAGGAGCGGGAUCUUCUCCAUGCUGCGCUCGCUGGAGGUCCUCAACCUGGCCGGGAACCGGAUCAGCGAGACGGAGCUGGGCGUCUUCAAGCCGCUCACCAGCAUGUCGCUGCUCAACCUGGCCGACAACCAGAUGUCCACCGUGUACUUCAAGACGUUCCUCAGCAUCCACACCUACAGCACGCACAUCCUGAUGGAGGGGAACCCGUGGAACUGCGACUGCGACCUGCAGAGAGUUUUCCGGAAGCUGCGCAGCAUCCAGAGGCUCUUCCUGGACGACUACUUCAACCUGACCUGCAGGGAGCCGCCGGUCCUCAGGGACUACCGGCUGAUGGACGUGGACACGGAGCUGUGCCUGGCGGAGACGGUCACCGUGCUCAUCAUCACCGUCACCGUGGUGAUAACCGUGCUGGCCGCCAUGCUGAUGGGCGAGAGGAAGAGGAAGAAGAAGAAGAAGAGGAAGCACUGGACGCAGCAGGGAGAACUUUCAGAUGAGUCGGACUACUGAAUCGUUCUUCUGUUUCCUUCUGAAAUAAAUCACCGUUAAGUUUCUUUCUGUCUUUUUUACACACUUUACUAUCUGGCACACUAAGACUAGAAGAUUAAAACGCAGCAUUUAACUUUCAGGCAAUAUUUACAGGCCUCGUUGUUUAAAUCCCACAGAAACAUCUGCACGCCUGGAAAGAGAUUUGAGAUUCUGCGGUUCAUUUUGUCGGAUUUUCCAUCUGCUUCACACCAAAAAGCCUGAAAAAGCUUUCUCAUAAACUGACACUGUGGUGGGAAUUAUUCUAAAACAUCUGCUUCAUGAUAGAAACACUUUAUUUUCCUGAAAUGCAAAAAUAUUUAUGAACUAUUAAAUUAAUAAAAAAGGUUUAUUUUCUCAUUUUAGAUGUUUAAAUGGUAAAUAUCUCAUUAAUGUGUAUGGAUGCGGUGCAGUUACAGUGUAUUUUUAUUGUUCCUGAUGUUAAUUCAAGUUUGGCAAACA